AUAAAAAGAGAUUUUUCUCCGUUUUCGAUCAUUUUCAUUCCCGUAUUUCUUGUUCGCUCCUUCACAGAGCCGGCACUUCCCUGGACGGAAGGACGUGUUGCAGCCCCUCGAGCGGUCGUCCGUAUUUCUGAAAAGUCGGCGCGGAGUAUCAGACGUCAAGCCCACCUCCACUCGAGACAGCUGAUUCUUCUAUCCGCUGUCUCCCGGCAUCCGUGCUCCUCUCUUGUUCUGCCUUCUCUUCCCAUCUUCUGGAUUCUCGAUACCCCGAGGAGGCUGAUGGUCCACUGCGCAGAUGGAGUUGUCGUCUUUCGCUGAGUCGUCCUUCUCAGCCGUCCAGUGGUUGAACUCUAUUCUGGAUCCUCUCGAGCCUUCUGAAGCCGUUAUCGAAUCAACGGCUCAUGAAGUUUCUUUCAAACUCCAGCUUUUCAUUCAUCAACUUUCUUUAUCACUCCACGAUACCGCGUAUAAUAUUCACCAACGGGCGGGUUUGCUGGGGAAGCUGCAGCGAGACUUCGACGCUCUCCGCGGCGAAGUGAUCGUCAAGCAUGGCGUCACACUUCAGGAAUUGGAAAGUAGUCGAAGUGCUCAAUACCUCGACCUACUCGACACCAUCAAGACACGGAUGGAAGAAGCUCAAACUGCGCUGAGGGAAGCCGACUCCUGGUCGGUUCUAGUAUCGGACGUGGAGUCCUUAUUUCAGCAGCACAAUCUCGAACUCCUCGUCGAGCGAGUCGUCCAGCUAGAACGGUCACUCAACACUCUGAAGAGCGCGCCUGAUUACCAACAGAAGAAUCAGACCCUGGAAAGCAUCAAAAACCGAAUCGAAGCCAACAUGGCGCCUAGAUUAGUAUCUGCAGUCAAUUCGAUGCUGGAAGAGGACGCCGCAAGAUGGUUCAUAUUAUUCGGGAAGAUUGGCAUGGAGAAGCAAGCAUUCUCAUACUACCAAGGCUGUAUAAAAACUCGACUUCAAGAACUGUGGUCUUCACAGAAUCACUCGAACCUGAAACAAGCUCUCUCUUUGUUCCAUCGAGAAUUAACUUCCGAGUGUGAGAAACAACUAGUCUUCGUGGAUCGUCACUUGACGCUCACGGAUUCCGGAGCUCGGGCCGUCUGUGCUGAGAUGGCCUCCGAUGUUUUAACAACUAUGGAGCCGCCCCUGCAGGACGUCCUCGAGAACUGGCUGACGGAGCAAGCAGACGUUUUGGAAUCCGUUCUUGACAUACUCGACAUCCAGCUCCGGCUCGCGCUGUCCUUGGAGCGAGUUGUCUGUUCUGACGAGAAUCACAGAAGCAUUCCCGAAGUGUUGAAGUUGGCCGGUACUCUCUUCACUUUCUUGAGGUCGGCAGUGAGUCGUUUCGCACAAUAUCAAGAGCAACAAAUUCAGAGGAAGCUGCAGAGCAUAGUGUUUCCAGACCGGAACGUCGACUUGUAUUCGCUGCAAGAAUUCCAUUCGAUUUUGAAAAAGAACGGAGAGAAGCUCUUCUCCUUGCUGCUGAGCGCUGAAAUGACGUGCAACGAGCGCACCCAAAGCUCCUGUUAUCCCGGAUUCCUCGAUGCGGCUUCGAAACUACUUCGAGCGUUUGUCGAAAGCUGCCGAAAAGACCUGAGUCUCCUCGUACAGAUAUCUAACGAUUCGGACUCAUUCGAUCACUGGGAUCUGGUCAACGAAGUUCUCCAGAGAGUGAAUUGUGCGGCGAAUUACAGGAAGACCGUGGCCGAGCUCUCGACCAAGGUGGAGGUGACAAUCAGCCGGAUUCCAUACAUGAAAGAAAAACACGGAAUACUCUCGGAUCUUGUCAAUAAUUUAUUGACUCCGUCCCUACGUCAGCGUUAUAAAGCGCUGCUGACGUCAAAGCCACAGUCAGAAUGGAUCCAAUUGUUGGAUAAGCUUGAACAGGACACUCUGCGUACCGGAGUCAAAGUGAUAACGUCACGAGUCAGUGAUCACGUGAAGGCAAUGCCGAACGCGCUGAGAUCCUCAGAGAAAACACCAAACUUCGCUUCUGCCCCUCUGGAAUAUGUGACGCAAAUCGGUCAAUAUCUUAUGACCUUGCCGCAGUACGUGGAGAUAACCAACUCACCUGCGGACGAAGAGCAUUCAUCGGGAAAUGCUGAAGGAAUCAGCCACUCAGUGUUGGAGUACGCAUGUCGAGAGGUGACCAACAUCACGAUAAAUGAAGUCAUGCAGCUAGCCUCACUACCCGAGUCAACUUGCCAUCAGUUAGCGAUCGACCUGGGAUAUUUGUGUGAUGUCCUCGACGAUCUUUCCAUGGUAGAGGUGACCCAGCCUCUCCAAGACGUCAAGGAACUGUUGACCUGCAGUUCAGACACGUUUGCUGCGACUUCUCAAGGAAAACCGAUGCAGAUAGUGCACACCAUCAAAACUGCGAGGAAAAUUCCCUGA